AUGAACAAGCAACUCGCGGCCGGCCGCAAGCCCGCCAACCCUCUGCCCGCUGAUGCGCCUGGUGCGGGGGACACCUUGUUCGAAGCCCCGCGUGAUGUCCCUACCCGUGGACGCCGUCAUCCCGACCGGGUUGCAUCAUCCCCCGUCGUGGACGACGAGGCCUUCGACGACGACGUCGACGACUCUGAUUUCAACGACUGCGACGAGGCGUGCGACGAUGAUGCGGACUCUGGCGAGGAGGAGGACAAGGGCAUGUCCCCCUCCGAGGACGAAGACGACGCCGAUGAGGACGCCGACGACGACGAGGACGCGCCCGAGGAGGCACAGCCUGCUACCCCGCCUCCCCUUCUCGCUCGUGGUACUGUAGCGUCCGGAACCAAGACUGCUGCGAAGGGCGGAGAGCCUCCUCGUGGCGCGGCCAAGACGCGCAACCUGCACCCUGUCAGGUGGAGCGCGUGGUCCCCCCGCGAGAGCACCAUCUUCGUGGCGGCUUGUUGGUUUAUGAAGGACGAGCUCGGCGCCCUCCUCAGGAAGCAGGGAUCCCAGUACUGGGCCCGCCUCGUGCGCCACCUCGAGCAGGAGAAUUCCGGGUGGGUGCGCGGCGUGAAUGCACUGCAGAAGCAGUGGCGCAACCUCGUCAACAUGUACAAGCAACUUAUGAUGGGGGAGAAGGCAAGUGGCAAAGGGGCGGUGUGCAAGCCCCCGUGGUACCCGUACAUGGAGCUCUUCCAGAACAACAAGGCAGUGGGUAACCCUCACGCUGUCGACGGAGGUGGCGCGGCACACGACAACGUGCCUUGCGGGUUCGCGGUCCCGUCCCCGUCUGCACCAUUCACAUCUACUCCGACUUUCACUGAAACUGCAACGAUGGCCGCCGCCAAGCUGGAGUGUGAUACAAUCAAGGGCUGCCACUCUGACGCGAUGAACAGGCUCGAAGGCCUCGUCCGCGCGUGGAUGGAGCAGGACGCGCGGAUUGCCCGCGAACGCAUGCAGCAGCCCGCCCCCUACCCGCCGGCCCACGACAACAUCCUCACGCACGCGGACAACAUGACCGCGACGCACGCCGCCUAA